UACCCAGGGCAUUCUGGGUCGCUCCUAAUUUGGAGCUUUUCGUCACCAGUACUUCUUGGGCGCCUUUCUUCCAAAUUUGGUAUUUGUACAUUUCCCGGGAAAGUCAAAUCUCGCGCGUUGCAUCACUGUCCAUCAAGCUCGAACUCGAAGCUUGCCCUCGCGUUUUUGACGAAAUGUUCGGGGUUUCAGUAGAGCCUUUAACGUAAAAGAUAGGGAUCAAGUUUCGCUUACAGCCUUCUUUGAAGCAUUUCCGAAAGGAUGAUGGUGGAAAAUGAGUGGUGGAAAUCGCAACUCGCACUAGAAAUCCACGACGUUCUUCGUGAAAAGGAAACGAGAUUGCCACCUUUCACUUCGUCCUCGCCUCAGUUGAAGCUCAGGCGUUUUCUCGUGGACUGGCUCGCUGUCUUCUCUGAGAAGAUUAAAAGCUCACAUGGAGUGCUUCAUUUAGCUGUUUAUUACAUGGACUUUUUUAUGGACAAGUUUGAUAUCGACGAACGCCAACUUUAUCUCGUCGCAUUAACGUGUUUGCUGCUGGCAGCCAAGUUUGAAGAAAACGAAGAAAAAAUUCCUACCAUAUCAAUAUUGAAUGGCUAUGUCCAUAAUCUGUUCAGUACAGCAGAAUUCCAUCAAAUGGAACUCCUUCUACUCAACUUUUUCUCCUGGAAUUUAGACUUGCCUACACCUGUACACUUCAUGGAGUAUUAUCUGAUACAUGCAAUUUCAGUGCAGGACUGCCAAUCAGGAAGGAGUCUUGAUGACUGUACUAAACCAAUGGCUUAUACCAGGAAAUAUGUUCAUUAUUUCCUGGAGAUUGCUUUACAAGAUCAUUCUUUCCUGGGGUUUCCUCCUUCAGUAAUAACAUCAGCAGCGGUCGCAGCAUCAAGGCUGCGCCUUCAUCUUUGCCCAUCCUGGACACCCCUUCUAAUCAAGAUAACAUCAUACACAUGGGAACAGAUUGCACCUUGUGUGAACAUCAUGUUAAGGUAGGAGAGGAUUUUAUAUCUUAUAAUAUGAGACAACUUCAUGUUGGAAGAAACUAACUGGACUUAGUAAGAAUUGCCUCCAACAUCUUAUCUGUUGUAUGUUUAAACAUGAUUAUUUUAAAAACUUCUAUUUGAUCUUAAUUUCUGAAUUUUAAUUUUUUUAGUUACAUAGAAUUAAUUUUAUUGUGUACUGUUACUCCAUAUCCUUUUAUCUUGUUAUAUAUUUCACUGAAAAGCCCCAAGGGGACGUGAAAUAAACCUAUGUAUUUAAUUAUCUUGUCACUAAAAGUGUCAUUGGGUGAUUAGCACUCAGUUUCUCCUUAUAUUAGCCAUACAUUAUCUAGCAGUAAGGUAAUGAGAAUUGGAUACAGCAUCAAAAAUGUUUUCCUUUUACCAGCCAACUUCCAAUGCCAACUUUAAAUGAAUUAUGCAGCAACGAGGAAUUCACCUUCCUGAGAAUUAGCUGGACGUAAAAGUCAUUAUGUUAGCUAAGAGCAUUUUUUUUUAUUAACAUUUUUUUAGAGCACAUGAUGCGGAUGAGAAAGCCAUGUCACAGCAGAAAGCAAUAAAUGCCAAAGGGUGAAAUGCCUUUAUGAGAAUAACUGGAAAGAAUAACAAUAGGAAUGGAUGAUAAUGCACAUUAUAAGAUGGACUGAUAUACAUACACAGCUCCUGGUGUGAAAUUUGAAUGUCAACUAGUGAACAAUUAAUUUUAGCACCAAAACCCAGCAUCCUCUACAGUGUGAUCAAUUAAUUUUCAAUUUUACUGAAAAUUACUGAUUCAUACGAAAUGUAGUCUUCAAUGACUUGCACCGGUUAACUAAGAACCGAUAUUACCCUCUCUGAGGCAACUGUAAGUUGAUAUUAACUGAAAUGUAGCCAUGGCACAUCUGUUCCACGUUACGACAACAGCUCUAUCACAGCCAUUGAGCCACUUAUCCUCAAUUUGUUGUACUCGGCAUUUUUGGCCAGUAAUGGUUAAUCUUGUUUUCAGUGUGUUGGUUCCUUCAUACAUUCAUCAUUGGUACAAAGAACAGGAAAAUAAACAUGUAAUAUUUCAAAAUGUUUUGAUUAAAGCAUCAGCUCAAAUUCAUCGCAUUGUUGUUGCAUCCCUCUGAGCACUGAGCAACUUGUACCACAGUAGCAACAAGGCUACAAUUGCCUUUCCAAUUUGUUCUCUUCAUGAGUUUGCAUCCCCACAACAUGAAUAAGACUCCUUGAUUGGCAGUUGCUUGCCAGCAACCAACCUGCUGCCAACAAGCCAGCUGUUCAUACUUGGAUGGUUGUCUUAGCAGGAUCAGCUUCACCAGGAUGGAAAGUAGUGCAAAUGUACAAAACAAACCAAAACCUUUGCAACAUUAUAAAGCUGGGUGUAAAUGCCCAGACUGCAGUAAUAAAUUUUUUUCACAACUGUUGAAGCUGUCUGCAUUGUCACUCUAACAAAAAUUCUUCUUGCAAUAAUAUUAAUAACUCUCAAAGCCAACUUGAAUUUGAUUUUGCCUGCUUGUUAGAAUAUGCAUCACUUUUUCUUCAAACAAAACUUUAUCCUAAGAUGAAAACAGCCUGGCCUAACCUGAAUAAGCAUUCAAAAGAGAACAAAAUUCUAAAAUAAAUUGACAACACAGCCGAAUAAUGUUGCAAAGAUUUUUUUUUUUUUUACAAAGGUUCUAGCAUAUAUAAUUUCAUUUGUCAAAUUUCAGUUUGAUCCUGAUAUAGAGGGCUACUUUGAAGAACACCUUUACUGUCAGUAAUAUAUUUGUCUACUAUAACAUUUUAUCUUUCAAAUCUCUUCAAUGCUCACAGUCACUCUUUCUUCUGCUCCACCAUUAGAUGGCAUUUUGUGCAGAUUACAUUCAUAUUUAAUUUUGUCCUUAGAGGAGAUGAUUUUGGAUGAUUAGUGUGAAUUGUUAAAGAAACAACUUAGUUUACUUUGUUGACACAUUAAGCUAGCUAGGAGUAAAGAUCCCUAGAAACCCACGUUGACUUCCCUCUUGAAACUCUGAAAAGCUAUAUAGCAUCACAAAUAACAAUAUCUAAACUGUAACAAAGACUGUUGAUAUGUUGUAAAUUUAUAGUUUUGUUUUCAUUAGAAAAAUAACACACUUUCGACCCUUAUUUAUGGGCACAACUGAACACUUGGCAGGAAACAGUUGCUAAUUAAGGUGCAACAGAUUCCCUGUAGAAUUGCAUGUAAACGUUCACAAUCUGAGCAGAGCACUUGGCUAGUGAAUAAAAUUU